CACUUUCCCUUCUUCCUGUCCGGCUGGAGAAAUGGCGUCCCGCAAGGAAGGCACCGGCUCUGCGGCCACCUCUUCCAGCUCCACUACCGGCACUGCAGGCAAAGGCAAAGGCAAAGGCGGCUCCGGAGACUCGGCCGUGAAGCAAGUGCAGAUCGAUGGCCUGGUGGUAUUAAAAAUAAUCAAACAUUAUCAAGAAGAAGGACAAGGAACUGAAGUUGUUCAAGGAGUGCUUUUGGGUUUGGUUGUAGAAGAUCGGCUUGAGAUUACCAACUGCUUUCCUUUCCCCCAGCAUACAGAGGAUGAUGCUGAUUUUGAUGAAGUCCAAUAUCAGAUGGAAAUGAUGCGGAGCCUUCGCCAUGUAAACAUUGACCAUCUCCACGUGGGCUGGUACCAGUCCACAUACUAUGGGUCGUUCGUCACCCGGGCGCUCCUGGACUCUCAGUUCAGCUACCAGCACGCCAUUGAGGAAUCUGUCGUUCUCAUUUAUGAUCCCAUAAAAACUGCCCAAGGGUCUCUCUCGCUGAAGGCAUACAGACUGACUCCUAAGCUGAUGGAAGUAUGUAAAGAGAAGGAUUUUUCUCCUGAAGCAUUGAAAAAGGCAAAUAUCACCUUCGAGCACAUGUUUGAAGAAGUGCCGAUUGUAAUAAAAAAUUCACAUCUGAUCAACGUCCUAAUGUGGGAGCUUGAGAAGAAGUCAGCUGUAGCAGAUAAACAUGAAUUGCUCAGCCUUGCUAGCAGCAAUCAUCUGGGAAAGAAUCUACAGUUGCUGAUGGACAGAGUGGAUGAAAUGAGCCAAGAUAUCAUUAAAUAUAACACGUACAUGAGAAACACUAGUAAACAGCAGCAGCAGAAACAUCAGUAUCAGCAGCGCCGCCAGCAGGAGAAUAUGCAGCGCCAGAGUCGAGGAGAACCCCCGCUACCUGAGGAGGACCUGUCCAAACUCUUCAAACCACCCCAGCCCCCUGCCAGGAUGGAUUCGCUGCUUAUUGCAGGCCAGAUAAACACUUACUGCCAGAACAUCAAGGAGUUCACUGCCCAGAACCUAGGUAAACUCUUCAUGGCCCAGGCUCUUCAAGAAUAUAACAAUUAAGAAAAGGAAUUAGCAUGGACUCUUGAGAUCACAUUGGGGCAACUCUUGGAAGAAGGAGUUUGCAUAUUGAAAAGCACAGGGGAUUUCUUUAAUGUCAUUGGCUCUGAUAUUGUCUUUCAAGUCAAAAAUAAAAUAAAACUUUUUUUCAUAGUCUCGACUACUUGCUUAUUGGUUUCAGA